GCCUCCGUCAGCUCGUCCUCGUCCGUUGCAGCUGCUCCGGGGGCCGCGGGGGUUUCACAAGUCCCCGGCCGCUCCCUGCGACCGCCGCUUUCCCUUGUCCUUGCGUCAUCGCUUCUGCUUCCCCUACUGGGAGGUCUACUGCUGGCAGUGCUGCCUGGCUCCUUGUUACUACUGCCGCAGCUGAAAGUCAGGGUCGAGGAAUCCAUGUCUGCUUCAUGCAUACGUACGUGCGCGCGACGAAAAUAAUAUAUGCGCAUGCGCAGUGCUUGACGAUCCGCUCCGCACGGUCUGCAGACUAGACGUAGACCGGACCGUCACGGCUGUCGGUAUCGUUCUGUCGCUACUGCUGUUCAUUCUACGAUGGAUCGGAUCAUGUCCCCUACUGCUGAACUGUGCGUUGCACUAGGUCUGCUGCUAGGGGCUGCAUCAACCGCUCAAUCCCAAGGCAGUGGCGAGAAUCCUGGCGAGGACCAGGAGUUCAGUUUCUACGGCCUGGAGCUGUGGUCUGUGGUGGUAUCUGCGUGUGCCCUGGGUCUCUCACUGAUGACAGUGGUAAUAUCCUGUGUCUGCUGCUACUGCUGUUCAGGGAGGUGUCUCCGCAGAAGGCAGCCAGCUAGGCGAAUUGCCGAGCCAGCCAUUUGGGUUCAGAGUACGGUUGAGGCCGAGACUGAUACCCAUUUGAAUGGCAGUGAGAGUGCCACAAACAACUUUGGUUCAAAUUCACAUUUCCACACACUACCGGAGAUAACAGUAGGCCCUGCACCGAGCGGUGCUGACUGUGAAGAAGAAGAAGAUCUGUAUGAUGAUGGAAGUACGGUGAGAGGUGCGAGGCCAGAGAGCAACAUAUACGCCGAGGCAGAACUCAGUAAAAGUGACUGUGAACCGCUUUACAAUAACAUCCCUGGAGAUAACGUGUCCCAAGGGUCCUACUAUAUGCAGCUGGUUGGCGGUACUGCCAAUCAGUUUGAGAAAUAUGACUCACUUGGUCUUAAUGCCCGCCGGAAACCUAAAGAUCACACUGAAAAUUGGGAGCCUCCCCAUCUUUAGUCAAAAGAGAUCCACCAGCGCCAAUACAAAAACUG